AUCGACAUUUUACUCGUGCAUUAUUUUAUUAUUUUGCAUACUCGGUCGAAUUAAAAUUUUUUUAUACGCAUACAAUUUGCAACUCUCGCGCGUCAUGUCGUGUUAUGCCCGAUCGAGAAAUAAACAAGUCCAUUACGCAAUCGUUCGCCUGCUCCGUCGUGUCCGUGUGUGUGUAUGUGGUACUGCUGCAUAUGUAGAUACAAAAUAACAUGGAGGUUAGAUUCGGCUGGCCUAGUGCAUGUGUACGCAUUAUAAACGUGUGCGUGUGAACUGUGAAUGCAGCCAGCCAGCAGCAGAGCUGCGGCGAUAUUUACACGAGCCGGAUAAGACACAGCAGUAUACACACAUGCCACCUCGCUCGCGCGAUGUCAUCAGUGCCAUCAUCGUCGACGGUAUCUUCGGCUUGACAAAAUAAUUGAUAAUUCGAAGGUGGGGGCCCUGCGGAAUCUCGAAGCGGUGUUCUCAUCUGCAUUUUGCAUUUUGCGCUGGUCGUGUGUGCGUGUUGUUUUUUUUUUUUUUAAGCAGCACAACCUUUCGCCUCCGUGUUCGAGACCAUGGCUUUUUCAAUAAGCAGAGUCGGCAAAUUGUUUCUGCUCAAGGCCGGCGUCGACUCGAACGCUGUCAAAUUCAAUCGAUUUUCAAGGAUACUUGCUGUUCAAUUUUCAACCGAUGGAGCAGAGUCAGACAAGGAAGCACCAAAAGUUGCUUCAUCACCGACAGGCAAUGGCAAGGUAUUUAAUUCUGCAGAAGAAGCAGUUUGUGACAUACCGAAUGGAGCGAAACUCUUGGUUGGAGGUUUUGGCCUCUGCGGUAUUCCAGAGAAUCUCAUAGAAGCGCUCUUGAAAAAAGGUUCAAAGAAUCUGGUGGUUGUGUCGAACAACGCUGGAGUCGAUGACUUUGGACUUGGUAAACUGCUCAAAGAGAAAAGGGUCAAAAGAAUCAUUGCCUCUUACGUUGGAGAAAAUGCAGAGUUCGAAAGACAGUAUCUUGCUGGGGAGCUAGAAGUAGAACUGACACCGCAAGGAACUCUGGCAGAGCGCGUGAGAGCUGGUGGUGCUGGAAUUCCUGCCUUUUAUACACCUACAGCUUAUGGAACAAUUAUUCAUGAAGGCAAUGUUGUUAUUAAGUACCAUAAAGAUGGUAAAGAUGAGAUGACAGGUGAUGCAAGAGAUGCUGAAAAUUUUGAUGGAAAAGAUUAUGUACUAGAACAUGCCAUUACUGGAGAUUUUUCAUUGAUUAAGGCCUGGAAAGCAGAUACUGCUGGAAACUUGAUUUUCCGUAAGUCUGCCAGAAAUUUCAAUCCAGUUAUGUGUAAAGCUGGAAAAAUUUCCAUUGCGGAAGUUGAAGAAAUAGUGCCUGCAGGUCAAAUUGACCCAGAUCAUGUUCAUGUACCAGGUAUCUAUGUAGAUAGAAUUAUCAAGGGAGCAUCUUAUGAAAAAAGAAUUGAGAAAAGAACAACUCAAAAAUCAGUGAAACCAUCUACUCGAGUUACACCGGCUGCUAAAGCAAGAUUGAGAAUAGUUAAAAGAGCAGCUCUUGAAUUUAAAAAUGGAAUGUAUGCUAAUCUGGGUAUUGGUAUGCCAAUGUUGGCCAGCAACUACAUCCCUAAAAAUGUAAAAGUAACUUUGCAAUCAGAAAAUGGUAUCCUUGGGCUUGGCCCCUUCCCUGCAGAAGAUCAAGUUGAUCCAGAUUUGAUUAAUGCUGGAAAAGAAACUGUAACUGUUUUGCCUGGAGCAUCUUACUUUGGCAGUGAUGAAAGUUUUGCCAUGAUCAGAGGUGGACACGUUGACUUAACAAUAUUAGGGGCUAUGCAAGUAUCUCAAUUUGGUGAUUUGGCUAAUUGGAUGAUUCCUGGAACGAUGGUCAAAGGAAUGGGAGGUGCCAUGGAUUUAGUUUCUGCUGCUAAUACCCGAGUUAUUGUCACAAUGGAGCAUGUAGCAAGAGAUGGCAGCCCUAAAAUUUUGUCUGAAUGCAAUUUACCUCUCACAGGUCAACAAUGUGUGGACUUGAUCAUUACCGACUUGGGUGUAUUCGAAGUUAAAAAAGGCGAAGGAUUAAAACUUAUCGAAAUCGCGCCUAAUGUAGAUAUAAGUGAAAUUGUAAGUUCGACUGGUUGCGAAUUUUCUGUUGCUGAUGAUUUGAAAGAAAUGGGUCAAGUGUCGGACGAGUAAAGCACACUUCUGUUUUUUAAUGUUAGAUAUUUACGUAAAUUAUAUUUUGGCAUGUUAAUAAAUGCACAUCCACUGAGCCUGUAUGUAAAUAAUGAUGUAUACUAGAAUUAGACUCAUAAAACUGUCGAAAUUCGACUUUUUUACAUGUACAUAUGUCAAGCACAUGUGUAGUUUAUAAAUAAAUAAAAAUAUAUAUUAUAUUUAAA